AUGAAUAUCUCGGAGCUGCUGUGCUCAUCAGUCGAAGUGGACGACGCCACCAAAGAACUGCAAGACCCAAGGCCGUCUCGACCUCAACCGUGUCGUAAACCUCGAUCCAAAGCCACAGCCGUCGCGGGUUUCGUCCCCGACAAUGAGCGGAAGCGGCCGUGCCGACUGAGUGCCACCCGCAAGAGGCGACGUCAAGAACGCGAGGAGCUCGAGUCGCGCGAGUUCAACCUCACGCUGGACAUCAACGAGCUGCGUCGGCAGGUGACGCACUUGCUGGAGUGCCGCGACCUGUGCCUUACCCAGUUGUUCGUGCACCGCCAGCGCAUCGAGAGCGACGUCGUGUGUAUUGUGACAAGUCUUUUGAACGAGUUCAACUGCGACGGGCUCAGCGUGAGCUCGAAGGCUCUGAGCUGCUUCUUCCCUCGCCAGCACUUGGCCGGUCUCGAGUCUGGCCACAAGGUUCAAGACCUCGUCCUGGGGGGAGGGGCCCACGUGUUCAGCCAUCGGGCGUGGACUACGACGUCGAUCAAAGUGGUGCGCUUCGUCGAAGAGGAGGACGAGGACGAAGACGGAGACGCCGCAGAUGCAGCGGAGACCCGACGACUGUGCGGCGGCACCAGCGGCUGCGUGGUCGAGGCCAACGGCGUGUUCACGGGACGCAUCAAGCGCGAGAUGCUCGCGGCCUUCUUCCCGCACGCGCUGUCGAGCGAGGCGCUGGUGGCGCAGCUCCUCGGCUUCCGCGUCACGUGCCCGAUCCAGUUGGUCCUGUACUUCGACACCAACCGCUGCGUCACGCACCAGGUCGCGCAGAUCAACAUCCUAGCCGCCAUGGACGCCCUGCACAAGGCCCGGCCCAGCGUGUUCGCACAGCUCAUGGGGCAGUAA